AGAAACCGUGACCUUCCCUCUCCUUCGUAGCUACAUACGCACGGGCCUCUCGGUAGCCAUGCUGAAUUUCACCACCCAACUGCCUCAGUGUCACAGUAACUUUGCUGUAGGAUAGAUCAUCGCUCGGACGCUAAGAUGUUCUCGAGGACGCUAGGUAGCGUCGGAACGCUAUUCCUGUUUGCUUUCUUGGCCGGCGCCACUGCCUACUCCAAAUAUGGCAGAACCUGCAGCGAUAUUGGGUGUCUUAGUAACGAGGUAUGCGUCAUGGCCGAGGAUCCUUGCAAUGGAUAUAGUCAGGAAUGCGGACGUUAUCCAACUUGCAAGAGAUCGUCCGAAUCUGGACAGCAAAGCUGUCAAACUAUGAUCUGUCCUAGCGGACAAUACUGCAAGUCGCAGAAUGGCAGACCCACGUGUGUCAGCACGGCACCCAAUCAAGGCAUUUGUGGCAACGCUAUGGCGAGCUUUGACGGAACGGCCGGGAAACGGCAUUUUGCAGAGUACGAAUCGGCAGGCGUGGACAGCGUGAACGGUCACAAGACUAAUGGCGCCGGUGGAAACGCGGCCGAACGUGGAUCGCAGUCCUCGAGCACGAAUGCGAAAGUGAAUGCGAACAAUGAUCCAUACGCAAACGCUAACGCGCCGCCCGCUCCGCCCCAGCAGGGACACGAUCGUCCCGUUAAUUCAUGGACGAACUUGGGAUACCCUCCAAGCGGAACCGGAAGCUCGAGCGGCAACAGCGGCUACAAUCCCAGUUCCUCUAACAGCGCAUCGGGAUAUCCAGCUGCUCGUCCGCCUUAUCCGACUUACAAUCGUAUGCCGGUUCCUGGACAAACCAAUUAUCCGCAGGCUUCGUAUCCGUCUCAAGGGCAGCCUGGCUAUCCUCAGCAACCUCAGCAGCCCGGCUAUCCUGGUUAUCCUCAGCAGCCUCAGCCCGCUGGUUAUCCUGGCUAUCCUCAGCAGCCCGGCUAUCCUGGUUAUCCUCAACAAUCGGGAUAUCCACAGCAACAGUAUCCCGGUGGCUCGGGACAGCGAUAUCCCGCUGGACAGUAUCCUGGUCAUCAGAAUUAUCCUUACUCGAAUCGCGGUCACAAUUACAACCUGAAUUCGGGUUAUCGCAAGAGCGACGCGCAGGCUGUGGCGCCUGGGUCGUUAUCGACGUUCCUUUUACUCUGUACCCUAGUGUCCGUAAUCGUGAACUAUCGUUCGUGAUUUGAUUUAAAGAAAUUGCAGGAAGAUCCUUUUGUCGUUCCUUUGAACUCUUCUUUUUAUCGGUUAUCAGGAGUUCAUCCUGUUCGGAUACGUUACCCGGAUCCUUGAGUGUCACUGACCCGAUAUAUCGACAAAUCCCAAACUAACCAGGAAUGGCGCAUUGUAAAAAAGAGAUUUUUAAAUUAUUUUGAUUUUCAUGAAAUUUGGUAUCUUGAGGUUUUUUUUUGAGAUUUUUUGGAAUACGAAGUCUGACAAAUUGUUUAUUUUCGAACAGUUGAGAAAUGCACGGUUCUUUCAGUAACAAUGCCAAACGCUAAUUCUAUAAUUUUUGCUUUUUUUCGAUCAGCUGGUUGGAUCGGCUAUUUUGAAUUUUGAAAGAAUCGGAUCGCGCAAAAAUACUUUGAGAGUUAUCCAAAAGUCUUGGUCAGGUUGUUGUAAUUGUUUGAAUUUGACACUCGAGGGCUCGAGGAUAUCCAGUGUAUAAUUGCAUACGAGUGCGAUUACCGUGUGACUGUAGCCGCUCUUGAGCUUUAAUCGUAAGAUUGAUGAAUAAGAAGACAUCAUUGAAUGAGACAAAUUCUGUACACGUGCGAACGUCUAAGAUAGGAAAUUUCAUCUUCGUCCAAACGGCACGCAGCAUCAGCUCAAAUUCGUUCCUUAGAAUUGUUGUAGGAGAAGAAAAAGAAAACAUUGAAGCAGAACAAGAAAAAUCGUAUUUCCAACUAAAAAUAGAAUUGAACGAGAUAAAUCAAUUCUCUGGGCAUUAUAUGAGCGUCGUCAAUUUUUUUUUUUUUUUUUCACGUCGGAUGAACUUUCCAUUCUAGUGCCAGCAUCGCAUGUUGCUUUGUAAAUUAGAAAAAAAAAAAAAACAUUUUACACUGUACGAUAUUUACCUGUAAUUGUAAUUACUCGCGUAUUCUCUAUAGUUGUAUAUUUUCUAUAUGUAAUAUAUGUAACUCCGUGCAAAGCGCCAAUCCAGACGCGUACGUCCUACAUUACACUGAAGUUCAGUAGGGCAAUCGAGUUAUUUAUUCGUUAUCUCUUAUCAAACCCGGUUUAAUGAUAAAAUGGCAGCGGUUGCGUUGUUCAGUCAGACAUUGAACGAGGGAUGAAUUACGAUGGGAACGUGGGUCGAGGGGGAGUGGGUGGUAGAGGGUGAAAAUUGUAUAGUAUGUUUCACCAGAAAUCGGCAAUAACUUUUACUACGUUCGAAGCCCAGCUGGAAUAUUUUGACAUUACAUUAGGUUUUACCGAGUCGCAGUAAUUUUUAUAACUGUAAAAAAAAGAUUUGAUAAUUAUAAUAAAAAUUACUGUCAGUAGUAAAAAUUAA